CAUCGCCCAUCUCGUCGCCGAUCUCAUUCAUCGAUCUCAUCCACCGAUCCAUUCACAGCCGCUGCAGCAGCUCCGCCAUGGCCGUCAUCACCGUCCACAUCAAAUCAUCCAACGACAACAAGUUUCCUGUCUCGGUCGACUCGGAUGCUGCCGUUUCCGAGCUCAAGGCCAAGAUCGCUGAGCAGCUGGCCUCCACGCCCAAUCCAACCCCCGCCGAGAGUCUGCGUCUGAUCUUUGCCGGCCGGGUGCUCAAGGACGAGCAGACGCUCUCUGAAUGCAAGGUUGCGGACGGCCACACCAUCCACAUGGUUCGUGGCAAUGCCCCUCGGGCUGCACCCGCAACCCCAGCAUCGGCAGCGGCCCCUGCUCCCGUCCCCGUUCCCGUUCCCGCUGCUGCUGCUGCUGCUGCUGCUGCUGCAUCGACCACUCCGGCUUCAAGCACCGGCAUCCCUGCCGCCACCGCCCCUGCUGGAUCAACGACCGCCCCGGCGAAUCCCUUUGCUGCACUUGGGGGCCUGCCGCCCGCGUUUGGCGGAAUGCCUGGAGGCUUUGGCGGCAUCCUCGGCAGCCCAAGUGGUCUGCCUGGAAAUGCAGGCGGCAUGCCCGGCAACAUGGACCCCAACCUCAUGGCCAACCUGAUGUCCAACCCUGCGAUCCUGGCCAGCAUGGGCCAACUGUUCUCCAACCCCCAGUUCCUGGAUCUCAUGAUCGCCUCGAACCCCCAGCUUGCCCAGGUCAUGACCCCGCAAAUGCGGGAGAUGAUGCACACGGAAGAGUUCCGCAGAAUGAUCAGCGAUCCGAACGUGCUUCGGGCGACGAUGGCUCUCGGAGGCAUGAACGGCAUGAACGGCAUGGGUGGCUUUGGCGGCAUGCCUGGCCUCGGAGGCCUCGGAGGCAUACCCGAUCCCGCCAGCUAUGGCGGCGGCUUCAACCCGAACGCAGCGACCCCAGCGGCCGAUCCAACUGCCACCGGCACCGCUGCCCCGGCCCCUGGCUCCUUCGCUCCUGCCUUCAACCCGGCCCUCCUCCAGAUGCUCAUGAACGCCAAUGCGGCUCCUCCCCAGCCCCAGGGCCCGCCAGAGGAGAUCUACCAGACCCAGCUCCGCCAGCUGCAGGAGAUGGGCUUCUACGAUGCCGCCGAGAAUGUGCGUGCUCUCACCCGGACCAACGGCAAUGUCGAGGCUGCGAUUGAAUGGCUCUUCAGCCACCCGCCCGGCCGCGGAUAAGCGCUCGAAUGACCCGGCGUUUUCUCGCCUGCAGUGCCAUCGGCUCUUUCGCUUGGCCACCGCUUCUCGACAACGCUCUGCCUCCUCUAUCCGCCACAUCGUCGAUUUGCCCGACCCCUCUAUCCAUCUAUCUAUUGAUCUGCCAAUCUGUCUCGGCGUGUUUGUUGGCUGUCUUCGGCGAUGGCCACCCGUCCUCCUCGGCUAGGCUCCAUCUCCUCCCCAGGCUCAAACCGGCGUUUGCGCUCUGGAGCAGUGCAAGUUGGCGUCCUGACCGAUCCGAGGCUCGAAUAAAAUUGUUGCGCUGCAACCAAGCUGUAU